GGUCCUGAUUGGUCAGGACGGCCGUUUGUCCGCAUGCGUAGUGUAGAAAAGGAAAAUGGUGCAUUUGGAGACAGUCGAAAAAAUAACUCACGAGAGAGACGUAGGAGUCUAUGCGUGGUACAUUCAUGAGUCAAAACCCUUAGAAUUUUUAAAUGGUAAAUGAACAAAAAAAGGAGGGGGGAGGCAUUCAGACAUUCCGAAAAAUGUUGUUAUAUAUUAUUUUAUUGUUUUCGUGAAGAAACGGUGCUUUUUUUUUUUUUUUUUUACUGUAUUGGCACAUUCAGGCACCGUGCAAAGUUAAUCAUGAUCCCGCAUUUCUACCAUUUUAUUGUCUGUACUUUACCGAGGACACCUGAAGGCAGCACGACAAGGAACAGGAAACGAAGGCUCUGUUAUGGAGAGACGCAUUCACUCCGAGCAGACGGUGAGUGCUUAGCUCAAGAUUUCUCGCCUGAAACGCCCUCUUAAAGACGAUUUUCAAAACCGAGACGAAGAUAUAGCAAAACAAAUGGUCGACAUGCUGCGGAGGAAGUUGUCAUUAGCGCUGUUGUUUGGGUAGCGUUGCGUUUUUGGUUUUUCUGGGAGUGUCAGGUGCAACACGUAGCUUUUCGUCCGUCCUGCUGUCCUGCCAGAUCUUGUUUCCCUCCAAAGCUUCAGUCCUGAGCCCAGCCGGUGUCUAGUGUCCACCAUGGACAACCUGGAGGAGGACCUGACGUGCUCCGUGUGCUACUCUCUGUUCUCGGACCCGCGGAUCCUGCCGUGUUCGCACACCUUCUGUAAGAACUGCCUGGACAACUUGCUCCAGGUGUCAACCAACUAUUCCAUCUGGCGUCCGCUCCGCCUGCCGCUCAAAUGCCCCAACUGUCGCAGCGUGGUGGAGCUGCCCACGGCGGGCGUAGACGGCCUGCCCUCAAACGUGUCUCUGCGGGCCAUCAUCGAGAAAUACCAGAUGGACAGCGAGCCGCGACCCCCGUCCUGUCCGCUGCACCACAGGCAGUCUCUGAACAUUUACUGCGUCCAGGACCGGCAGCUGAUCUGUGGGCUGUGUCUGACUGUCGGGGAGCACCAGGGCCAUCCCAUAGAUGACCUGCAAGCAGCUUUCAUCAGAGAAAAGCGGACUCCAUCGCUGCUCCUGACCAGACUCUCCGAGAGGAGACAGCCACAGGUGUGUGAGCUGGGGGAGCAGCUGGUGCAGGAGAAAGCCCGCUGUGAGGGUCUGUUGAGGCAGGACCGGCAGGAAGUCAAUCAGUUUUUUAAGACGCUGGAGACGGCGCUGACCAACAAGAGACAAGCUUACCUGGAGGCUCUAGAUAAAGCUGGUGAAGAGGUGUCACAGGCCUACGACCCCAUCAUCCACAGAGUGAAGGAUCUACAGGAAGAACAGCUGGACCUGGUGUCUUUUGGCCUGUCUGUGCAGGAGGAAGACUCACCCCUGGUCUUCUUGGAGAAGGUGCAUUUGUUCAGAGAGAGGGUGGAGGAAUGUAUUAAAACCCCUCUGCCCUCCGUGAUAAACCUCUCCAUCACACCGCGAGCAGCAGAUUACCUCCAGCAGCACUGGCCCGCUGUGACCCUGGGGAGGCUGGAGGAGGCUCCUGUUCCCAAGCUGUGCUGCUGUUCCAGAUGUGGCUGCGGGGACGCCGGAGCUGGAGGCGACCGGCCCGACAGACGGGUCCAGGACAUGUGGGGUGAGCUGCAGCCGACCGGGCCUGCGGUGCUGCUGGGGCUGCUGCUGCUGCUGGCGGUGCUGUGGAUGAACCCGGUCGGAGGGGCUUCGCUCGGCUUCUCUCUGCUGUCUCGGCUCAGUCAGGUCGUCCACGGCUUCAGCAGUGAACUCAUCACAUCCGUCUGGGACACGGCAGCGUCGGCGUACACGGCGAUGGAGGCAGCUGCAGAAGAAUGGAGCUCACAGCUCUCCUCAGUGGGGGACGAGGUCUUUCAGCAGCUGGCCGUCUUAUUUCAGACUCUGACGUCUCGCUGAGAGAGGCCAAAGCAGAGUCCGGAACUUUUAUUUAGAAGCUAAUUAAGUCUCAAAACUGUAAAGAUCUGAUUUUGCCGUCAGCUUCACAAUAAGAGGUUUGUUUUUAGAUUUAAAACCAACGCUGAAUCUUCUUCGGUGACAGCAGAUCUAAUGGACCACGACACAUUUCAGCUUUUUCCCUGAACUGAAUGAUCUCUGCUUUGUUUUUGUUAUUGCUUCUCAGCGUUUUAAAGAGACUUUUCUUGGAGAAUUCAGGCGAUAGAUAAGCAAAUGAGCAGAUUCAAAGGAAAGAAGAGCAUUAUAAAACUUAAAAACAUAUUUAGAGAAAUAAUUUAAUAACGAAAGACACCCUUUAAAUGAUUAAACCAUCACAUGUACAUGUGAAUAUUAAUGUGAGGGUGGAUUUUUAGCUUUAGUCCCACUUUAAAGAUUCUUAGAAGUCAUAUGAAGCCCCUGGAAGGCGUCGGAUGUGACUUAUUUCCUUGCUUCAGAACUGUACGGAAAACAUUUAAAACACCGUUAAGUUCUUUAAGCACAGUUUAUGUAGCUGAAAGAUGUUUUUAUGUAUUAAGCUGUUAUUGUCAAGUGCUACGCUCCUCUUUGGAAGGAUAUUAUUCUGGAUCACAAUGACACUACCUGACAAAUGAGCAUUUAUCCUACCAAAACACUAAUUACUAAUUUUUGAAAAGGUGGUUAGUUUGAGGCGUUCUCUCCCUAGUCACCUUUCCCAUCAGUCUCGGUAGCUUUCCCGCUGUGUCGGAGCUGGAGACGUCAGCGCAGCCGCACGUGUAUCUCCUUACACAGGACUGUUUACAGCGACUGGAGCACUAUGUGAAAUUUAGAGCCUGCUGAGUGGAACCAGACACACAGUGGACCAGACUUAAAGCCUUCACAGAUCAUGUUGCAGAGAUGCGGAGGGGUUCUCUUACUGUGCCUUCAGCCAUCAUGCCUUCACCUCGCCCCACUUAAGAGCUUUAUGGUUAAUUCCACCAGGACCAAUACGUCUUGCUUAGGACAGUGCUUCUUUUUUGUUUUUUUUCGUAAACGGUGCACUGAUUUACGGUCUGCUUUAAAAGUUGUUACAGCCUUUUCUUUACCAGCGCUAUUCUGCAUCCCACAAAUGUUACUUUUAUUUUACUCGAGCAGAGUUCAGCAGCUCUUCACUAAAACACCAGCUUGAGUGUCUCUGCCUUCCUCAACACAAUGUGAUGCAACCUGGGAUUUAAAAAAAAAUCUGACUGAACAAAUGGCGUUUUUAAGCAAUGUCACACUCCUAAUGAAUGUUACAGCAUUUGUCAUUUUAUAAACUUCAGAAUUACUGUAUUUUAAAAACGUAUUAAAGGUUUUGGAAUGCUUUUA